CUGGAUUUGGAUGGGAUCCAAUCACAAAGAAAUUCACAGCCUCAGAAGAAGUGUGGUCUGAUUAUUUAAAGUCAAAUCCAUUACAUGGACACCUUCGAUCAGAUGCAUUUCCGGACUAUGAUGACUUGAGGAUUGCGGUAGAAAACGGAACAGCCACAGGAUUGGGCUCGAUUGGUUUCGGUGAAGCCAACACGGAGGCUACAAUAUUAGGAGCACAAGAAGAUGACAUUGAUGGCAUAGAGGGGCUAUCUUUUGAUCCAGAUACCAACACUUUUGUACAAAGUGAAAAUAUGUCAUCACCCCAAAAUACC